AUGGAGCACCUUGUUUCUUUUUGCUCUAGUCCUAUAUUCGCAUCUUCAUGUCUAAAGGACUGGGAGAAAUUUGGCAGAAAAAACUUUUUAACAAAGUGUAAAGAAGGUGGAAUGGUUACGUCAGUCAAGUUGUUCACGGAUUUAGUGCUGAAGUUGAUAAACGGAGAAGGAAAAAUGGAUAUACUUGUCAAAUUAGUUCCUGAAUUAUUUAAAUUAUUUGGCAGUUGUUCAUCUUUUGAAUCUAAACUCCUAGAUUCCCUCUGGCUUAUUGAUUCAUCAAUUAGUGAUAUCAAUUCAGAGUCUGCUCGAGAUCGUUUCUAUCGAUUGAUGGAAAUUCUCAAGAGUCAUGUGAAUCCUGCUUUAAUAAUGGAAAGAUUUUGUGAAGACACCUUGGAAAAUUUAUCAUUAAUUCAAUCGAAACAACAGUUUCAAACACGUUACGUUCGUACAAAAACGCGUUUGUUUUUUAAACAACAAAAAUUCAAUUUAUUACGUGAAGAAAAUGAAGGUUAUGCUAAAUUAAUUACAGAAUUAUGUCAAACAUCACCAAAUGGAUCAAUGGAAGAUGUUAUGACUCAGAUUCGUUCAUUAAUUGGUUAUUUCGAUUUGGAUCCAAAUCGUGUACUCGACCUAAUACUGGAUGUAUGUGAAUUCCGUGGUGAUAUGUAUGAAGAAUUUGUCCAACUAAUACGCUUGUAUAAUCCAGACAAAAUUGAUAUGACUAAUAUACUGGGGCAUAAAUAUCACUUUACUCAGGAACCCGGUGUUACUACACCAGAAUCAUUGUACAAAGUAACAGCAUUUUUGAUUUGGAAAAAUCUAAUUGAUCUGGACGUAUUAUACAGACAUUUAACUCCAUCUGAUAGUGAUAUUCAACAAUCGUAUAGUCGACAGAUUAAUUUGGCUAAAUCUCAUCGACCACAACCUCCAGCUAGUCUUUCGUAUUCUGCGACAUCUGCAGUAAAUACUUCAUUAAAUAAUGCUAUAAAUAAUGAUUUAAUCCGUGUUGAUGGUUUGUUAAAUCAGGAUACUCAAAUUAGUAGCGCUGGUGGUGGUGGUGCCGGUGGCAGUGGUGGUGGUGGAGGUAGUAGUGGUGCACUAGUGAAUGGUGGUUGGUCAAGUUCUUCAGCGCCAUCAUCUGGUUUGAAUUCACGCUGUCCAGAUGAAUUGAUGCAAGCGGAUGAUAAUACAGAUGUCAAUACGAUCAGUAUAAAUCCACGUGAAAUGGGUAGUGGAGGCAUAGAAGUCAAUGGGGAAGAAGAUUGUUUGUAUGAAAACAAUCAGAAAUUGGAGUUGUGCUCUGCUUUGAUACGAUUAGGUGAUUGGACGAAUGCUCAACGUCUAUUAGAACGCUUACCAGGCUACUGGGGAACUACUUAUGAACCUUUAGCACAAGAUAUAUGCAGUUUAUUGCAUUGUUUAAUUGAACCGUUAUACAAUAAAGUAUGUCCUUUACCUGAAUGUUUACAACGAAAUCGUUUUCGACCGACAACUGAAUCAUUUAAAGCUUUAACCACAUCAAUUAUAAAUAAGGAUAUUGAUGAGAAGACAGUAGAUUGUGAAAUGGAUGAAGAUGCUAAUCAUCAAAACAAUACAAACUUGAAUAUCUGUUUAUCGCCUGUUCAUGAUUUUCUUGAUCUUGCUAGAUAUGCAAUACCCAUAGCAAUCUACUUAGGUCCACAUAUGUCAUAUGAUUUAGUAUUGAUGGUGAAAUUUUGUCGUCUUGGACAAAUCUAUCUAUCACAACAGCAAACUUCUCAAUCUGUAAAAAUUGGUAUUGUUUAUCAAGCAUUUUUCAAUCUGUUGGAUGAAGUUCUCUUACCAUCAUUAAGUUUAGUCGAUUCAAAUUGUUGUCUAGCUGAAGAAAUAUGGCAAAUGCUACGAUUUAUGCCAUAUGAACAUCGAUACCGAUUAUAUGGUCAAUGGAAGCAUUUCAGUGCACAAACAGAGCCUAGUCUUAUUCGUCGACGUGCUCAAGUCUUAUGUUAUGCGAAAGCUAUUAUGAAACGACUUAGCAAAGAGAAUGUGAAACCAAUGGGUAGACAUCUCGGUAAACUGUCGCAUAGUAAUCCAGGUUUAUUGUUUGAUCAUGUUUUACACACAGUUCAAAUGUUCACAAAUCUUAUCAAUCCAGUUGUUGAAGCCUUAAAGUAUGUUAGCAGCUUAGGUUAUGAUAUGCUGACGUUCUGUAUCAUUGAAGCACUUGCUUCAGAUCAAUCUAAAUUAGAAGAUUUACAGUUGAGUCAAGGUCUACAAGCUUUAUCAUCAUUCACUGGAUUAUUAUGCAGAAAAUAUCAAUUCGAUUUGGCAGGAUUAUUACAGUAUGUUUUAAAUCAACUCAAAGUUGGUAAAAGUUAUGACUUGGCAAUAUUACGUGAAAUUCUACAUCGUAUGUCUGGUAUUGACAUCUCUGAAGAAAUGACAGAUGAACAAUUGGAAUCAAUGUCUGGUGGAGAGUUGCUACUGCAAGAAGGUGGUUAUUAUGCACAGAUACGUAAUACACGUCGUAAUGCAGCACGUCUUAAAGAAGCAUUGCUUGAACAUAAUCUGAUUAUGCCGUUUAUAUUUCUAAUGGCUCAACAACGUGAUGCUAUAAUAUUCUUAGAUGAUCCUGAGCGUCAUUGUAAACUGGCUGGACGUUUGUAUGAUCAGUGUCAGGGUACACUUGUUCAAUUCAUCACAUUUUUAAGUCUUCAAUUAAGUCGUGAUGAAAUGCAAACUCAGUGUUUAAGCAUUGAGAGAAUGAUGGGUGAAUUUCAUGUACCAGCAGAUACAGCAUUCUGUUUUCAUCGUAAUUUAUUUGAACAAAAAGUUGCUCGUUUAUUUGAAAGCAAAGAACGAACAGAAAGUUUAAAAUCCGGUGAGAAGUCGAAAUCAUUCAGCAAGACAAUAUUCUCAGCUGCCUCUUUACAUGUCUGUAAUGAGAUUGCUUCUGCUAUUCGUCCAUUAUAUCCAUCACGUGUUUGGGAUGAAUUGGGUAUUGUAUUUUUUGUGACCUUUUGGAGUCUACAGUCAAGUGAUCUAGUUGUGCCUGAAUCAGCUUAUCAACGACAAGUUCAACAAUUAAGAGAACAAAUUCAACAGAUUGAAACAUCAGCAAGUGCAUGGAAUUCAGCAAAAAAGAAACGUGAAAUUGAACGCUUUGAAAAUUUAAUUGAACGUUUAACUAUAGAACAAACAGAACGUGAAGAACAUGUUACACGUGUAAGAGCUUGGCUUAUGACUGAACGUGAUAAUUGGUUUCAAACAAGAUUAGCAACAAAAACUGAUACAAUAACACAAUUUCUACAAUUAUGUAUAUAUCCUAGAGUAUGUUUUACUGCAGCAGAUGCUAUAUAUGCUGCACAAUUUAUGCAUGUUUUACAUCAAUUGAAAACUGCACGAUUUUCUACAUUGAUUUGUUUAGAUAGAAUCUUCAAUGAUAUUACACUUCCGACAAGUAUGUGUACAGAGGAUGAAGCUCAUCGUUAUGGUCGAUUUUUGUGUGCAGUUCUUGAGCUUGUUAUGCGUUGGCAUGCUAGUGAAGAGGUAUUCAAUCAAGAAUGUGGUCAAUAUCCAGGUUUUGUCACUGUUUUUAGAAAGACGUAUCAAGGUUUAGAUGCCAAUACAAAACCGGAUCAAUUACAAUAUGAAAAUUAUCGUCAUGUUGUGCAUAAAUGGCAUUAUCGUAUAACAAAAGCAAUUGUUGCUUGUUUAGAAUCAGGCAAUUAUGUUCAAAUUCGAAAUGCUUUAAUUGUUCUCACGCGUAUCUUACCACAAUAUCCAAAGAUUACACAAUUUGGUAGUGCUGUAGAACGACGUGUCAAUAAAUUGAAAGAAGAAGAGAAAGAUCGUCGACCUGACUUAAAAGCUCUAGCAUUUAGUUAUGCUGGUCUAAUGCGUCCACAUAGAGCUAAAUGGGUUAGUGAGGAAGAGUUUCAUUUAAAGGAGACAAAACCACUACGUUCAGACAAUAAUACAUGUUAUUCUGGUAGUCUACAAAGCAGCAGUGGGAAUACUUCUCAAUUUUCUAGUCGUACUAUAUCAAGCAUUAACUGUAAUACUACUACCGCUACUAAUACUACUAAUACUACUAAUACUACUAGCAGUAGUAGUAGUAGUACUACUACUACUACUCCUGGUUAUGCUCACAAUCUACGUGGACAUUCAGCAUCCGGUCAACUAACAAAUUCUUCGAAUGCAUCUGGUACUGGAAAUGCUAAUACUGCUGGUAGUAGUAGCACUGUCAGUGGUAACAGUAAUCCUUCUGUGUGUACUGCCAAUGUCAGUAGUGCUGGUGGUGCCGGUGGUAGUACUUCAUCUCUUGAAUCAUCUCAUAUUUCUGUACCAAUUCGACGAACCACAUCAAAUAGUUCAGUACCUUCUAGUCAAAGUAAAACAAUGUCCAGUUCAGUUGUCUCAUCAAGUGGCAAUGAGACGCGAUCACGUUCGCAGACAAUAAACGCUUCUGUCGCACCUGGAGAAACCUCAAAGUCCAAUUCUUCUUCUCAUACACCCGGAUCUGGAUCAUCUUCAACUAUCGGAACAGCAGUCACCAAUAUUGUUGGUGCCAGCAGUGUGAGUAACACUUCACCUACACUUCAAGCACCUGCUCAAAGCAAAUUACGAUCUAGUCAACGCCUAGAAACACCUGUGUCGGCUACAACAGAUGAAGAUGUUACCACUACACCGAGUUCUCAGUCAUACACCGCCUCAAAACGUCGUAGAAUGGAAUCAGCCAAUUCUAGUAAUGUCAAUAGUUCAAAUGGUUGUAUCUUAACUUUGACCACAUCGAAGACUGUUGGUGAUGAAACACGUGAUCCGCAUAAAUCAUCUUCACGUAAACGUUCUACUCCGACAACUAAUUCAGGCGGUACAAUACUAUCUUCAGAAAGUGUACAAAGUCUACGUUAUACAAAUACUGGUGUUACUGCUAAUAAUACUGUCAAUGUGAAUAGUGUACCUUCUACUGGUAGUGUUGGUGGUGGAUAUGGAAGUAGUGGAAGUAGUAUUCGUUCAACAACUAGUCCUGGUGAAAAUCUCUGUUCUACUGCUUCUUCAUCUAUUGUUCCAUCUUCACGUCAUCAUCAUCAACAUCAUCAUCAGUGUAAGCAGUCAAGUCAUCAAAGAGCAUCAUCAACUGGUACUUCAAUAGAGAGUCGAGAACCAAGCCUAGAAAAUGAACGAAUUAUGCUAGCCACUAGUUCAGCUGGAGUAGUGAAAAAACCAAAAAAAGGUCAUCAUCAUCAUCACCACUAUCAUCAACGUUCUUCUUUAGAUUCAUUGAAUAUGGAUACCAAUCUGUCUAAUCCAGGCUCAGUUACUAUUUAUUCAACUUCUGAAUCUCAAGGAUCAUCUCGACAUUCACGUAGAUGA